AUGGAAGAAGCUGAUAGUAAUGAAUAUUCAAUUUUUAUAGAUAACAUAUGUAUUGAUAAUCUUCUUAAAAGAAUGAAAAAGAAUCUUGAGAAGAUGGAAGGCGAGUGUGACAAAAAAGAACUGUCACAGUUUUACGAAAUUUAUGAAAGGUAUUUAAAAACGCGAGGCGAAACACUAAAAUGGGAUGAUAUCAAGCAUCCUAAAGAUCGAAUUAUUCAAUAUGACGAUAUUGUUGAGCAAAACGUAGAUCCAAAAAAUCUUCUUGGAAAAUUAGCAGUUUUAAAACUUAAUGGUGGUCUAGGUACUACAAUGGGGUGUAUUGGACCUAAAAGUGCUAUACCAGUCAAAAGUGGUAAAAAUUUCAUUGAUUUGGUUGUUAAACAACUAAAAUUUUUGAGGCGAAAAUACAAUGUUGAGGUGCCGCUAGUGCUUAUGAACUCAUUUAAUACUGAAAGUAUGACUGAAACACUAAUAUCCAGACAUGACAAUAUUUUAACCUUUAACCAGUCAAAAUAUCCUAGGAUUAGUUCAGACACCUUAUUACCUCCUAAUAACUUAAAAAAGGAGGAGAUGUUUUAUCCACCUGGCCACGGUGAUAUAUUUAACUCAUUAGAUGCUAGUGGAAUGUUAGAUAAAUUACUUGGUGAAGGCAAAGAAUAUCUUUUUAUAUCAAAUAUAGAUAAUUUGGCUGCUACUGUUGAUCUUAAUCUCCUAGAAUAUUUUGCAUCGCAACAAUUGGAAUUUAUGAUGGAAGUUACAUCAAAAACAAGAGCAGACAUUAAAGGGGGAACUUUAAUAGAAUAUGGAGGUGCAUUAAGACUGUUAGAAAUUGCACAGGUCCCAUUGUCUAAAAAAUCGGAGUUCACAAGUGUAAGAAAAUUUAAGAUAUUUAAUACAAAUUCUGCUUGGAUAAAUCUUAAACCCUUAAAGGAAAAAUUAAAAACCGAAACAUUUCCGCUUGACAUUAUUGAAAAUAAAAAAACAGCAGGGAGAGAAACUGUUUUUCAAUUGGAAACAGCAAUUGGUUCGGCAAUAAGAUUUUUUAAAAAAUCGUGCGGUGUAGUAGUUCCAAGAUCAAGAUUUUUACCUGUAAAAUCGUGUUCUGAUUUAUUUUUAGUAGAAAGUAAUCUAUUUGUCGAACGAAACGGACAACUCAUUUUAAAUCCACAGCGCGUACCAAUGUGUGUGCCAACCAUAAAGCUUAUUGGCGAAAAUUUCAAAAAAAUAGAUCGUUAUGAAGAUUCUUUUAAGGGGAUACCUGAUUUAUUAGAGCUUGAUAGUCUUACAGUAUCGGGAAAUGUUAAAUUUGGUAAAAAUGUUGUAUUAAAAGGUACUGUGAUUAUUUUAGCAGAUAAAAAUAGUGUUAUAAAUAUUCCUGACGGAAGUGUUUUAGAUGAUAACAUAGUAUAUGGAAACCUUCCUAUUAUAGAACAUUAA